AUGUUAGUCCAGGUGGAAGGGGACCCGGCCGAAUUCGCUGAGGAUAAGGUCUUUUUCACGGCUCUGCUCUCCCAGUUUGUCUUGUCCCGGGCCAGGAUCAGGAAAGACGGCGGGGAGUGGACGAAGAUGGCGUGGCCGGUGACUCUGUACGGCGGCGUCGGCCUCUACCAUGUCUUCGUCUCUUUCAACAGCAGGACAGGCAUGGUAGGGGUGGAAAACAACCUGGUCGGCGACAGGGACAUCAUCAUUGCAGUCGUCACGGGCCCACCCAUUAUGACGGACUGCGAACACGGCAUCGUCACUGUAAACCCUGGGUCGGCGGGGCCUGGUCUUCCCGCUCUGUCAACGCCAGCCCAAAGCUGUCCCUCACGGAUAUGA